CAUACCAUUCGCUUGAGCACUUGGCUUUAGGUGAGGUAGCUCUGCACUUCACCCCAGAGCUUCUCCUUUUCAGCUUUAGAAUACUCUCUACGAUCUUUAAUGGCCUCCUGGACUGCAAGGCAAAACAAGAAGUUACCCAAUUACAAAGCCGCUGAAAACAACAACAGAGGUUACGCCAACGAACUAAGGCUUCUGAAGAACAUGAAGCUACAGUGAGAACAAAUUCGCAGUCAUGCUCGAUAAAAUCACAAGUUCUACAUUAUAUUCCAAAUGCAAAAGCAUAAAUUGUGAAUUCAUAUCUAAGUUUUCGAAGCAGGCAAAAUGUAUGACUACUAUUGUCCAUCUGUAUCCUUUUAACUUCUAUCUUAGUGCGUACUGUUUCUCAAAUGCUGGAUUUUCAUUAAGGAGAUUCAAAAUAUGAAAGAGUAGACGCAUGAAGAAGUCGAAGAAGGUUCAACAUCUAUUAUAUAUACAUAAAAAAAUAAUUUUAACUAC